AUAGGUUUUUAGGUCAAACAGAAACCCCCGGGAACGCCCAGAAAAGCCAGACACAAGCAGUUCCAUUGUGCAGAAGCUGGAUGAUGACAUCAACUCGACUGCUGUCGUGUGUAGUAGAGGCUGCUGUGCCCAGAGCGUGUGGGAUCCCGGACUCUUCAGUCCGCCAGCACCCAGGAGCUCGGGGCAGUCUGGUGACCGCUCUUAAGUAGCUGGUGCAGCUGAUUUUUCGGGUGGGCUGUAGCCUCCGCGGAAGAACCAAACACGGCUAUGCCCACUCCUUGGCUGAUUUCAGAAGACUGACCAGUGAGCAUUCAACGCUUUCUCUCUUCGUCAUCCUCAGGCAAGUCCACAAUGGGUGAGAGACAAGAGCCCCCGGCCAUGACGGUGCAUCUCCUUGCCAACUCUGGGCAUGGCUCGCUUCUGCAGCAAACUCUAGACCAGCUCCUAGAUGGCAUUUGCCCAGAGGUCCGCCUCUUUCUGGUGUCAGAGCGGGUCAGCCCCGUGAAAUCCUAUGAGAAAUACCACCCCAAGCGCUCCAGGUUUCCAGGGAUGUCUGUUUUGCUUUUCCUGCAUGAAAGCCUCGGAGAGGAGCGAAUAUUUCGCAUUCUUGACUCCCUCCAGCAUUCACCUUGGCAGUACUACCCCACCCAGAACACGCAAGGAAGACUCUAUCCCUCCCUUCUUACCAACGAGGAGUUUUACAGUUUGGACAACCAAAUGCCCGUGUGGGGAGUGAGACAAGUGCACUGCGGCACGGAGAUCCUGCGGGUGACGCUGUACUGCAGUUUUGACAACUACGAGGACGCCAUCCGACUCUAUGAGAUGAUCUUGCAGAAAGAAGCCACCUUGCAAAAGAGCAACUUCUGUUUCUUUGUGCUCUACUCCACCGCAAACUUUGCUCUGCAGCUCUCCCUGAAGCAGCUGCCCCUCGGGAUGUCAGUGGACCCCAAAGAGUCUUCAGUGCUGCAGUUCAAGGUUCAAGAGAUCGGCCAGCUAGUGCCUCUUCUGCCCAAUCCGUGUGUCCCCAUCAGCAGCACCAGGUGGCAAACUCAGGACUACGAUGGCAACAAGAUUCUGCUGCAGGUCCAAAUGAAUCCAGGACUUGGUGUUGGGAAUGGUGAGCUUUCAUCUCUGAAUGGCCCCUCAGGGGCUGACACACUUCUCCAGGGCUCCAGGCUAGCGCCUGUCUCCGCAAAGAGGACCCUAGAACCAAGGAGCAGGAGGAGCCGAGUCAGGAGCUCCAGGAUGGGUUCUCUGGAGCUUCUGGAGCCAGGUGGGAGACUAACAUCAGACAGCUGCAGUGGCACUACAUGGAAAAUCCCUAACUGGUCCUCCCCGGCUGGCAGCUCAGCCACGAGCACCCAGCUAUAUCUGCCUUCUCCCCACUUUGAAUGUGGGGUCAGAAUGGAGGUCCUCAGCCAAAGAAAUUGCUUUCAGAAGCUUGAGGCAGAAAUGAAUGUUGACACAGGAUUCACUGUGGUCAAUUCUGAAUCCAGGCAAUCUUCUUUGAGCAGAUUUCCAAGGGAUAUGCAUACCAGCCAGUCUCCAUCCUGCUUGCCAGCCACCUCUUUAGUGGAAGCUGCCUCUAAAAAUGACAGAGUCUUUGAGGAAAAGACUCUGUCACUUGCUAGCCAGAGGGACCUUGGUGCAAGGAAGAUAAUCUCAAAAUGUCCCCUUCAUCGGCCAGUCCAGAAGGAAGAAAAAGAAGAAGAAGAAGAAUUCUUUAUAUAGCAUAAAACAAAUGUGAUUUUUCAAGAUACGAGAUCAGGUACAGUUUUCUAGAAAUGGAGCACUGACCCAGAAAGGGCCUGUUUCUUGUUAAUGG